GGUAACAUGGGUGAUCGUCUGAAAAAACUCAGAGAGCGCUCGCAGAAACGAAAAGAAAUUCUUGCAAAAGCGUUUGGAGUUGAAGGACCACAUGGUUUGAAAGAAGUCCUCCAUAUCAAGGAAGAAUCUUCACACAAAAGAAAAAGCUCAGAUAGUAGUGAUGCAGUUCCCUCUAAAAAGUUGAAGACAGAUGAUAAUAAAGAAGAGGUGAAGGAAUCUAAUGACAAGAAAUCAAAUGCUUCUUCAGAGAAUGAUAAUGACCAAGAAGAUGAAUUUUACAAAGAUUCAAGUACAUUUUUAAAGGGAACACAAAGUGCUAAUCCUCACAAUGAUUAUUGUCAGAACUUUGUGGAUACGGGGGAGAGGCCACAGAAUUUCAUCAGAGAUACUGGUCUUGCCAACCGAUUUGAGGAGUAUCCUAAGUUACGAGAACUGAUUCGUUUAAAGGAUGAGCUUAUAGCCCAAACAAACACACCUCCUAUGUACUUAAAGUGUGACCUUCAAGAGUUUGACCUUGGUGAACUUGGAUGUAAAUUUGAUGUCAUGUUUGUGGAGCCUCCAUUAGAAGAAUACCAGAGGUCAACAGGGGCAGUAUAUGACAAAUACUGGAACUGGGAUGAAAUCGAGAGGCUGAAUAUCCCUGCUGUGGCUGCCCAGAGGUCCUUCUUAUGGUUGUGGUGUGGAAAUGCAGAUGGAUUGGAGAGAGGCAGACAGUGCCUGAAGAGAUGGGGGUUUAGACGAUGUGAAGACAUCUGCUGGAUAAAAACAAACCACAAAAAUCCACGUGAGAAGAGACCUUUGGAUCCUUCUGCUGUUCUUCAGAGAACUAAGGAGCAUUGUUUAAUGGGAAUAAAAGGCACAGUUAAAAGAAGCACAGAUGGAGAUUUCAUUCAUGCCAAUGUGGACAUUGAUCUGAUCAUAGAGGAGGAUUUUGAAUAUGGCAGCAAAAGCAAACCAGUCGAAAUAUUUCAUAUCAUGGAGCACUUCUGUCUCGGCAGACGCCGUUUGCACGUUUUUGGGCGAGACGACACAAUCAGAGCAGGGUGGUUGACACUAGGACCAGAACUGACCAGUACAAACUUUGAUGCAGGUGUAUACUCAGGCUAUUUCAACAAGAACCCCAAUGACUACCUGACUGGGUGUUCAGAGGAAAUUGAAAGACUUCGACCAAAGUCUCCCACUCCUAAAAACAAACAACAAGGAGGGUCCUCUGAUGGCCGUGGGAGAGGGACAUCAGGUUCUAGGGGAGGAUCAAGGGGAGCAGGCUCCAGUACCAGAGGGGGUGCUCAGGGAAGGGGAUCAUUUUCAAGAGGUUCAUUUUCUGGUGCUAGAGGAGGUUCUUUUUCAAGAGGGUCUCGUUCAAGAGGGGGUGGUUUUAAAGGGAGAGGAGGUGAAAGAUGAAUACAUGUACUGUAACAGUAUACAUAUUUUUAAUGGGCCAUGUAAUAGUGAUAUGUUGUUUCUCUUUAUUGAUUUUUAAUACCAUAAUGAUAUACUGUUGUUUUGUAAAGAUAUAACAUUUCCUGACUCAGUGCAUAUAUGGCAUGAAAUGUACAUGAGAAUUCAAAUGAUUUUUUUUCAUCACCACACAUCACACUGUACUAUAAAAUGUUCAUUGUAAAUAAAAUGUCAUUAGUGAAGCUUGAAAGAUACUCUGUAAUA